AUGGCGUCGGCGUCGGUGUCGAUGUCGCCGGCCGCGGCGGCGUCCAUGCUCCUAGGCGCGUCGGUGGCGCUCAUGCUAUGCGGAUCCGUCACCUUCGCCAUCGGCUUCUUCCUCAUGCCAUGGGUCGCCGGCCUCGCGCUCCUCUUCGGCUUCGCCGACGCCCUCAACACCCUCUCCUCGGGGCUCUUCCUCUGCACCAACACCAAGCAGCCCCCGGCCGCUGCCGCCGCGGCGGUCCCUUGCAAGCACCCGCGGGGACGGAUCAUCGGGCCCCCGACCAAAACCCUAGUGAUGCGCUCCGAAGCUGGGUUUUCCAGCGGCGACGUCGGCUUCCCAGGGAACGCGCGAAGGAAAACAGAAUCACCGCGUGGGUGA